CAAAUCUGACGGUGUUGUCAGUUUCAGAAAACUUCCAAGCAAAAGUAAUGGCGGCCGUUAGCGCAGCUGCCAGAGAAGAAAACCCAAAUGCAGGGCCCAUAUUCGCUAGCCGUCCACUUCACGAAAACUAUGACCCCGCUGUCGAACACGAGAAUUGGGUAUCCAGAGACCCCGAACUCGAGCCCAGUGAUGGGGAUACAUCAACACUGGACAACGAGUGUCAGCGAAGGGUCGAUGAAGAGUUGACGACGCUUAGCCCUGAAGAGAUUGAGAGUCGCUUGGACAGAACUCGUCGAGAGUUUUACAAUCGCCGUAAAAUCAUAAUUAAAAACCUGCCAUCCGAUGUUAGCAAUCAGGAGGUACAUGAGCUGUUGAGCAACUAUGACUUGAAGUACUGCUUUGUGGACAAAUACAAGGGAACAGCCUUCGUCACACUGCUGAACGGGGAGCAGGCACAAUGUGCCAUCAAAGAGUUCCACCAGCACGUUCUGCGGGAGCGGGAGAUCUCUGUGCAGCUGCAGCCCACCGACGCUCUGCUGUGCAUCGCCAACCUGCCCCACGCCUUCACCCAGCAGCAGUUUGAGGAGCUGGUGAGACCCUUUGGCAACCUGGAGCGCUGCUUCCUGGUCCACAGCGCCUCCACUGGCCACUCAAAGGGCUAUGGCUUCGUCGAGUACAUGAAGAAGGACUCUGCAGCCAGGGCCAAGUCUGAGCUGCUGGGGAAGCAGCUGGGCUCCAGGAUGCUGUACGUCCACUGGACUGAGGUGGGCUCCCUCACCUACCCCCUGCUGCACUCCAGGUGUCUCUGUGUAGACCGUCUGCCCCCCAGCCUGCUGACCGCCCAGGACCUCCGCAAUGCCCUGGCCGACACGCACACACCCAUCUUCUGCCAGUUGGCUCAGGGCCAGGAUGGUAGUUUCCGGCGGUUUGCGAUGUUGGAGUUCUCCUCGGCAGAGAUGGCUGAGCAGGUGCAGCGAGAGGUUGACGGCAGGGCGCUAGGUGGGACCCACAUCCGGGUCUCCUUCUGUGCCCCUGGACCCCCGGGAAGGAGCAUGCUGGCUGCCCUCAUCGCUGCCCAGACCAUGGCCCUGAACCGAGGGAAAGGUCUCCUCCCUGAGCCCACAGCCAUGCAGAUCCUCACAGGCCUAAGUAACCCUGCCACCCUCAAGAUGCUGCUCAACCCCCUCACCCAGGGCAGGAAACAAGGUCUCCUUGGUGCUGCUCCCACCAUGCCGCUGCUGGCUAACCCUGCCCUCUCCGCUGCUCUGCUCCAGCUCCUCCUCCAGAACCAGGCCCAAGUCCAACAGCAAGCCUUUUUGGGGAAUCAUCUUCUCUGGGCUCAGGUGCUGCACAAUAAAGAGAAUGGACUACUUCCCUGUGCAGGACUGAUGGGGGACAACCUUCUGGCUGCUCUGCCUCUCCAGCAGGGUGUCCAUCUGCUGGGAGACCUGCCUCAAGGCGGUGUGGUUCCAUCCCUGGGCCUCCAGUCAGACACUAUGGGCCCCAUUAACCCCCACUCUAUGGGUCGCCCCCUGGGCAGAGAGUCUCCCACCAGCUUCUCCCAGAACCCCUCCCCCACCCUCCAGGGCAUGUCCAUGUCCCACCUUGGUGGAGUGAUGGGGGCAGAGGGGCUUACAGCACCUGGGGUGUCCAUACUAGGACACCCUCCCAAAGAUGUGAAUCUUCCCCAGAACCCUUUCUUCAAUGUCCACAGCCUGUUCCCAUCCUCAGGCGCCAACUGCAGACCCCACCCUUACAGGAAGAGGCCAGCGCUAGGCAACUCAUCCAACCAGCGCACACAGAGCAUCCACUCUAACUACAGCCUGCGCUACCAGGAGUCCUACACCCCAGACUACCCCCCAAUACACCAGGAUCCUCUGGCCCAUCUAUAUGAACAGCAGGAGGCUCUGGACACUGGAUCUCUGGCAGGGUUCGGACAGCAGCUGUUUGGCCACCCCGGCUAUAGUGAGCAGGCCUCCUCCCACUACAGUUACCCCCCCAGCCCGCCCUCGUCUUCCUACUACAGCUUGGUGGCACCUGGCCCCGGCAGCCUCCCCGGCAGCUUCCCCUCCAGCCAUCUCAACAAGGCUGUGGGCAUGCCUCCUGUGAGCCACUCUAACACAUACCCAUCUGGUCUGGGGAUGAAGUCUCCCAUUGGUGGUCACAAGCGUCUGUUCAACCGUCUGAUCCCGUCGCCAGAGCCCAGCCCAGAAGGGGGCUACGUGGGCCAACACUCCCAGGGCCUGGGGGGCCACUAUGCUGACUCCUACCUGAAACGCAAGCGUAUCUUCUAAUGUAAACCAAUCAAAGCUUCCUGUAUGAGUUGCCAAUUAACAGCCAGGAUGUGGCUCAGGGCUCCAUUUUCCCCCGGAACUCCUCCAAUCAGCAUUUAGGUUUGGGCUUGGCGGUCCUGUGGUCUCUCACUUGUGUUCCUGCCAGCGACCCCAAGAGAGCGCUGGGGGGGCAGCCUGUCGCUAAUCAGGACAUAACAAUGCGUGCCAGUGUAUGGGAGUUUUGAUGUGUUUUUUUGGUAAAUAUAUGAUUUCAGUGUGUUUGUAAAUUAAGUUUUAACCUUUUUGAUUUUUAUUGUCUUAUUUUUCCCCCCAUCAGGAAAUCCUUUUGUUUAAAAACUGGGAGUUAUCUUGUACUAUAAGAAAAUUGUAAAAUCUAAUUACAGGUCUUUUUUUUGCUGCGUAUUCCCUUCAUUGGUUGAACACUUUCAUUUUUUAAAAAUAAUAAUAUAUAUUAUUUUUUUGCAUUUAGGUUUUUUUCUUCCUGUUGUGAUUGUGUCAACUGGUUUCUAUUUUUAAAAGUUUUUCCUCCCGAUAUUUUCGUAUAUAGUUCAUUAGUUUGUUUGACAGGAUGGUGUUUUUCCCACUCCUUCCUCCCACAGGGGUUAUGUACUGGUGUAAUACUGACUGUCUGGACAGGAUUCAGGCAUUCUUUACUUGGAUUCAUGUAGUACUCUGUGUAGUAGUACUCUGUGUAGCAGUACUGUCUUUGUCUGUCAUUUGUCCUUUGGAAAAAUUGUCACCUUACUGAAAAACUAGUCUGGAAUAUGCUGUUUUCAACCCUAUACGCUUCCACCCCUCCAUCUUGUUUAGGGAGCCCAUUCUCUGCACUGAAUGUUUAGUGUUGGACUUGGAGGGCACGGGUGGGUCACAAUUCUCCAGGUUUGUUGAAUUUCUGCUCUGUUCUCACCUGUUUUUGUUUUUUUUCCAAUCUGUUCUCUGUGCAGAAUUUUGUAUAUUCUGUGUUUGACGUGAGCUCGUUGUCUGCGGAGUUAGUAUUUCCAUUUCAACCACCACCGCACCUGAUUGCUCUUGUUCAUUCGGUGGAGAGGGGAUGGUUGCUGUGCCUUUUCCAGACUUUUAUUAUCUGCAUAUUAUAAUAGCUAUCAGGGACACCUGUGGCCUCUGUCCACCCAGAGCCUAAACAUUUAAUUAACUGUACAAUCAUUUAUUAAUGAUCCAUGGCUAGGCUGGCUCCCUUGUGGCUGUCCCUCCCCUGUAGACCAGCAGGGGGGGCUGUUUAUCCUCAGGGGGGCUAAACUGAAAUGAUAUCAACCUUGGCAGUUUCACACACUGACUGUUGACAAAAUGAAACCGGUUUUAGAAUUACCAUACAGUUUUCCAGUCCAGGAGAAGCCAGUCUGGAUGACAGGCUAUGCCUGUGCUCACUGUUAAGUUCUAUCUGAAGUGUUACUAUGCUGGAGUGUCCAGUGACUCUUAACAACAGGUGUUUCUCGGUCUGCCUCGGACGGUUUGCAUGGAAAUUAAGUUUGAUUGGUCAGUGAUGAGCGAGUUCUGAGUCUGAAGAAUAAUCUGGUUGAUAUUUUGAUUGUGAUAACAAUUACCUCUUGACUUCUGAUGGGAACUGCAAUUACACUUGAGCCUUAAUAGUCAUUUUCCCUGUCAUCUCAUCCUCCCCUCUGGGCUUUUUGACUACAUUUACCCCCGUUUUUGUUUUGUUUUAUUUGCUGUGUACAUACUUUAAAGCGUGAUCAUUUCCUCCUGAGUCCUAAACUAUUUUCUCAAUCAUAUCUUUGGCCUCUGGUCUGUUGUAUUAAGAUUGAAACUUGCUGCUCAAUAUUUUUUGUGUAUGUUUUUUAGUGACUAUUCCCAAGUGCAGCCACCUGUCUGGUAGAUUGCCCCAUGUUCUGUAUAGACCAAGAGGUGCUGCUGUAUAUGUAUUCAGAUUGCUUUCGUUGUUUUUCCUCAUACCUGUUGUCUGUCAUCUGUACCGCCAUGUCUUGUGAUGUUUUGGAGCAAGUAAAUGUUAUUUAAUUCA